AAAGGAAAGAAACCAACAAAUACUUCCUCGUAGAGAAGGAAGAAAAAGACGAUGUAGAUUAUUUUGUAUUUCUUGCAUCAUUGUAUAAAGCGCAGAGGACGGGAGUGCAAUACGGAAAGUCCCACGGCUCUGAGAGGAGGGAAGCCAGAGCGCGCCCGGCACGGCCAGGGCAGAAAUGCUGUACGUUAAUGUGAAUGUAAAUAGUGUUUGCAGAGGUCCAAAAAUAAUAAUAAUAAUAAUAAUAAUGAUAGUGAUAAUAAUAAGAGACAUUUGCCAAAUAAAAGAUGAUGAGAAACCACUGGAGGAUGUGACGUUUAGGAGCUAGGUUUAACCGAAAAGAAGCAGAAUUCAUGUGCUCGUUAGGAGCUUUAGUUUCCGGAUUUGCAAAAACCAUCCUGUGUGUUUUCUUUAGAGAAGAAAGAAGGGUUUGGGGUCGGUUUGGUCGCGUUUCCAGGCACUAGUCACUGAGAGGCCUGGCCGUGGGUGCUGUGUUCGAAUUUCCCUCCUGGUGGUCCCCUCGGCCGCAGGGCCGUGCUGUGCCGUGCCGUGCUGUGCUGCGUCGCGCCAUGCCGUGCUGUGCCGUGCUGUGUCGCACCAUGCCACGCUGCGCCGUGCUGAGCCGUGCUGCGUUGCAUCGUGAUGUGCUGCACAGUGCUGCACUGUGCUGUGUUGUACCAUGCCACGCUGUGCCGUGCUGAGCCGUGCUGCGUUGCAUCGUGUUGUGCCCCGUGCUGCGUUGCAUCGUGUUGUGCCGCACCGUGCCACACCAUGCGGUGUCACACCAUGCCACGCUGCACCGUGCCGUGCCAUGCCGUGCUGCAUUGCAUAGUGCUGUGCUACACCAUGCCGUGCCGUGCCGUGUCACACCAUGCCACGCUGUGCUGUGCCAUUCUGAGCCACGCUGUGUUGCACCAUGCUGUGCUGCACUGA